UCGAGAAUUUAACCAUUCAACAAAUACGCUCUUACAAUAUCUUCCCGAUUUUCUUCAAGAUUUUGGGACCCGAUUAAUAGAAUUGUUAAUGUCGCUAAUAUCUUAUGUUACCUUUAUUGGCGUUAUCCCUUCCCGGAAAUUACAAGUUGUUGCCCAAAAAUGCGUUUUUUGGAACAAGAAUAUAUAUUACAACCCACUGUUUAAUAAUUGCCAACACUUUAUCGAGGAUAUUCUCAAAAAACUCGAUCUAAAAUUUGAACCUCAAGGAGAAUUCAAAAAGUUUCUUGAUAGAAUUAUUUACAAUGCAGAUGAUAGUUUCUUGUUCCAAGAGAAGGAGUUCUUUUCGAGACAAGAUCUUGAUCAAUUUGCUGAUCAGAAGUGGUGUAAAAUCCAAAAUAUUUGGGAUAAAAGAUUACUUUUAUGUUAUUCGGAUAUGAUGGAAUCUAUGUAUCAGAUUGACGGAAAUUCAAAAUUUGGUCCUAUGACAAACAAAGAAAAAUGGCAUAAAAGAGAAUACGAACUAAGGGAGAAUUAG